AUGACCGAAUCCUUCACAACCGAGAUUCAAGGUUCCUCACAACGGGUCCAGACUGGGGUCAAGAGCUCCAAGCCCUAUGGAAUCAUCCCCGCAUCUACGACUUACUCCAACGUGGUUCAUGUCUGGGAUACCCAAACAUCACGCGAGCUAUGCAAGGUUGAGACAGAGCUUGGUUUACGCUCGCAGAUAGCUCAACCCUUUUUUGACUCUCUUGCAGAGUUCUUCUACAUUCGCGUCCACCUGCACCUAAAGUUCCUUGCAUACGUUCGCUCCGUGCCCGGUCUCGAUGCUAUUACGUACCCCCGACCUCUACUCCGUUGGCACCUCGGCGAAAGUCAGAUCCGCUCUCGCUCUACGAAGUACAAUUCAUUGUCGUAUCUGCAGUCUUAUUGGCCCAUUGGCGCGAAUCGACAAGCCUCCACCAAACAAGCUAAUAGACCUCCGUCGGAUUGCCAAACUGAGCCUCCCACCCAGUCUCGUUCCACCCAGAAGCAUGCAUGUCUAGGCUGUCCCGGCUUCUGGGGUCCGUCUAUCGCGAUUCCCAUCGUCAUCGGCAAGGGUGGGUGA